CCGGCUUGGCGGCGCAUACUCAGGCCUCCCAUCCCAAUGUCAACAACCGACAUCCUCUUCAACUCGCCCGCGCUACACUCCCUCAAGCGUGCACAGCUCGUGCAACUUUGCAAGCGCCAUAAUAUCAAGGCCUCGGGAAAGAACACAGAGCUUGUCGCACGUCUUCAGGAGCAUGCCCGCGCAUUGCCCUCGAACACGCCAUUAAGCGUAGCAGUCCGCUCAGAGAGCCUCGAUGCUACGGAUAUAAGCGACGAGGAUGAUGUAGAAGAGCAACUCGAGUCUCCCGAGAAAGAGAGAGACAGUCAGGUGUGGGAGAUUGUGUCUAGAAAUGGGUCAGUAUUCGCAGAGGACCGUGGCUCCGUCAAUUCGAAGGAGGGCCCCACUAGUGGCCAAGCUGGCGAGUUUGGCACAGCCGGAAGCUCGAAAUCGGCGAUACUCCGAUCAAUCGCGAGCUCAAUCGGCUUGACACGUACCGGCUCUUCUAACUCCAACUUAACGUGCGGGGAAAGCAGCGACUCUCUCGUACCCCACUCACAUAAGAAGGAUAAAGACACAACGAAGAGUGUCUUGUCCAGUUCUCCGGGACCGCGCAGCGCACUGUCGUCUUUGCUGAACAGGAGCAGAUGCAGUUCACACGAAUCGCAGUCCAAAACGGACUCCCGAAAUUCGUUAAUAACAAAUGCUAAACCUUACAAUGAAAUACCUAUGCCAUCGAUCUCGCGUAGACCCCACGUCGAACCAUUUGCAUUCUCGUACGAUGGUGUUGGAGACACUUCCCUUGAUGCUGAUGUGUCCAUGUCCUCGAUUGAUCGCCCAGUUCCUGGGGUAGGACCCUGCUCAAGCGUGAAUGUGAAUGACGGAUUGGGAACUAUCCGUUUAAUCACAAGCACAAACAAGCCACCCGGAGAGAAUGACGAUGCGCCUAAGCUGACCCCCGUGAUACCCGCGUUCGACCUUGUCCCUCCGACGCCUGGGAAUAAUGAUUUGAAGCGGUGGCCUGUGUCAAAUACCCCAGAAGUAAAUCGUACUCUAUACCCAACCAUCAACUCUGACGACAUGAAUGUGGAUUUGGACGUUCUAUCGUCACCAUCAAAGGAACCAUCCAAGAACAUUGAUAAAACACUUCCCGACCUGCCACCGGUUUCACCAAUUUCACCCACCUCUCCUAGGGAUGCCUUUAUCUUUGGCUCACCCAACCCACGUCAUUCAACUGCCGCGACAGACUUCUCACAUGCUGCGUCGAGCGUGCUUGCAGAGAUGAAUGCUCGUCUUGGAGUCGCAGGUGAACGAGCGAUCGGCACGGAUGUCCUUUCGCAUGCUCCACGCACGAAGCUUGCCGUCGACGAGCUGUUGAAAUAUGAAUUUGGCGGGGCAGCAGGCAAGAAGCAAGAGGGGAAGGAUGGAGUAGCCGAAGAGACUGUGACUUCAAAGUUCGAUCGCGCACACGAAAAGAUGUUCAAUCGUAUGGAUGGGAUCGAUACACAUUAUGCUGCGAAGCGCGUGCUGAAAGAAAAGGAGCAGAAGGGUAAGGAGAAGGAGGAGAAACUUGAACCACUUCCUGAUAAUCGUAAGCGCAAGCAAAGCGUUUUCGGCUCUCGUAAAAGUGCGGCUGCUGCACCAUCUAAGAAGCAGGAAACGAACGCAGUCAAGAAGAAAGCAAAUCGAGUGGUCAUCCCAGGAGCAUUCGAAGAGGACGACAUGGAUGCGGAAGACGUCAGCCCUGUCAUCGCUGAGGAGAACUACAACGCGGAGGAAGAAGAGGAAGAGAAACAGAGGGGUGCAAAGCGUGCUUGUGUUGCCGAGCCUGCAGCUGAUGGGAAUGGAGAGACGCGUCGUGUGUCGAUUGCUCCAAAAGUACGCAAGAAUAUCAGCGAUGAUGUCGAAGACGUGGACGAGGAAAAGAAACGCAAGCAGAACGAGGCUAUUAAGCGAAAGCUAGAGCUAAAUAAGGCUCGAAGAAGAAGUACUCGUGGCCGUCCCAGCAUGGGAUCCCGCGCGCCCGCUCAGAAACAGAGGGGCUUCCUUGCAUCAGCAAAGUCAUUCGUCAAGUCCGUCUGGAAUAGGAGUGGUAGCUCCGCAGCUUCAAAGUCAAGUGCCCAGACUUCGAUCCCCUCUUAUUUAAAGCCUACCGCUGCGAGUGCAAGCAAAAAUCAGGAACAGGAUGAAACGAAGCCGACUCCUGUGAUAGCUAUUGGUGCAAGGCCAUCGGUCACCCGAGUAUCAAGCGUUCGUGGCUCCAGCGUUGGCUCCGGAAACCUUUAUCCCAAAGCUAGUACUUCACAGCCCCGUUCCAUCUCCGGUUCUAGAUUGGAUACUGUUGCUGAGGACGCGAAGACAUCAACAGAUGCGUCUUCUCAAACAGAAAAGACAGAGAAUCAGAACGCUCAAGGUUCUGGUCCGUCAAUCGGCAGAGCGUCGUCGCGUAAGUCCACGGUCACUCCGCUUGCGCGAACUCCGAGUGGAAGCAAAGGUCUCACGGCUACACCUGCUGCUGGACGUACAUCGAGGCUUCUAGCACCAACGGCGAGCUCGCUGGCGAAGGCUAACGCAUCGCCGACCAAGUCCGCGGCGUCAAAUGCAAGUGGUGGUCUGAUUCGUUCAAAGGUCCCGAGUGUACGCGGUCACACGUCUGUCCUUUCCCCAUCUAAGAUUCCUGUGAUCUCGCCACCGCAGAAGAAAUCUAACACUACGUCUGGUUCGGGUGGAGGUGCUAACAAAGGCAUAUUCCGUUCUCCUCUCGUCCUCCCAACGAGCCCUCAAGCGCGUUUGGCUGCCGAGAAGGGGCAGGAUGUCAACCCCAUUACAGGUGCUACCACUACAAAGCACCGUUUACCGUUCUCCAGUGCAAAUGGCCAGACACAGAGUCUCUCAGGUGCUGCUCUUGCCGUUACGAAGGGUGCGGACGUAAAGAUCGGGGCGAACAAGGGAAGGAAUGCUGAAGAGGAAGAGGACGGAGAGAAGGAGCAGUACGAGCCUAGAAAGAUCAAUAACACCCUGAAUGCUCUUCGCAAGCCACGCAUCUCACGCUCAAAGGUGAUUGCACGGCUCGGUGCACACCGUGAUCAGAGUGGCCCAGUUAAUCCUCGUAGUCCAGCAAAGACACGCGCAGGACCAAGUAGCAACGUCGGUACUGGUAAGGGAACAAUUGUAGCUGGAGGAAAGGGUCCCGCGACACCGAAAGUGCGUUCGAGUACGGGAGCUGCCGCACGGAGGAGUCUCGGAGGACCGAAGGCCCGCGAGACUGGAGCGAAUGGCGUGAUAAUGAGCGCGAAGAAACGGGCGAGGGCGACGGAUUAUGCGAGAAGACAGAGUGCUAAGGUGACCCAGCCUGAUUUCAAGAAGGGUGGGGAAGCGAUGGAAGUGGAUGAUUGAGUGGGCCGGCAAGCCUUUGUCGUUGGACCUCCGACUUGUCCCCUGCGAUUUCAAGCCGUCUUGGAAACACUUAAAUCUACGUUACAUCAAAUCCAAUAUCUAAAGAUACAGCACAUCUGACUAAAUGCCGCCGGGUGCGUUAAACACAUUUAUUUUAGUGCAUCAAUGCUCGAGAUGACUACGCACGUGUCAUCAACUUGCAGUUACGUCUCCGUACACUCCAUUUCCUCCUGCCUUUUCCCCCCAUACUUUCUUUUGAGCUGACACUCGGCACAAGUUUCUCUCUGUCCCAUUUCUUCUAUCCUUUCUGCCAUUUCC